AUGACCCUCACCACCGCCAGCUCGUCGCCUGCUACGGCUAGGAAACCCGCUUCCGCUCCAGAGAAGAAGUACAAAUGCCAGUUCUGCAAUCGCGCAUUCAGUAGAAGUGAACAUCGCAGUCGUCACGAGAGAUCGCAUACCAAAGAACGUCCCUUCAAAUGCCUUAAGUGUCGCAGUACCUUUGUUCGUCGCGAUCUUCUUCUACGACACGACCGUACCGUCCAUGCAAAGGACGGAGGCGUCCCACUUCACAGCGAGGUGAAGCGUCGAACAUCCACAAAAACUGAGCCUAAUGCAUCUGCGCCAUCGAAGCCAUCAGUCGCAGUAGAUAUCGGUCCUACACUUGAGCAGAUUGAAGCUACCAGCGUUGAUAUGGAUGAUAUUGAGACCGCUGCCAUGUUGAUGACUGAUUUCCGCCAUAAAGCGUUGGCUAGUCAAGAGCCAGACAAUUCAUACAAUGGACCUGUCCUUGGUCCCACUGGACCGUCAUUGAUUGAGCCAAACGUCAGCUAUCAGCAAGGGUCUGUUGCCCUUCCACAAAUGCCUUGGGAUGCGAUGCUACCACAGUCCGUCACUGAGCCCAAAUCGCACUCCGUCGCAUCGAAUGGCUCUCAUGAUGCCUUUCACGGUACAAGCACAGUCCCACCCCACAGCCAUCAACUGCCCCCGAUUAUGGAGCGAUCAAUGUCAGGCCUUGGUACCCCUGGAGCGCUUUCCCCGUACCCGAUGAUGGGACCAGUAUCUCCAGUCGACUACCGCCGUUCACCUGGCCCAAGUCAAGCCCUGACAAUCACCAAAGCACCACAAGUUGAAUCUGAAGAGGCAUGCAACAAGAUUCUCGAGAAUAUCAAGGCAUUCGACGGUGAGACUGCACUUUUGGAGACCUUCCGUUUGCCUAGUCGAAGUGUUCUGAAUCGGUAUUUGAUGACAUACUUCAACUUCUUCCAUCAUCACUUACCCUUUCUGCACACCUCGUCAUUUGAUCCUACCGAGCUCUCGUCCCCACUUCUCCUAGCUGUCCUCUCAGUUGGUGCACUCUACACCUUUGACCAAGAUCAGGCAUACAUGUUUCACAUUGGUUCAAAGGUUCUUGUGAACCAGUUCCUCCAGAACAAGGAGAAUUUCAGCUCUCGCAAAUGCCCUUUGUGGACCAUGCAAAGCACUCUUCUGAACAUGAUCUUUGCGAGCUGGAGUGGUGACCCCAAAGGUCUGGAAUGGGCGUGCUCAAUCAAAAGUCUGUUGGCAAACAUGGUAGCUGGAAAUCGCUAUGAGUUAAAGCUACGCACCGAAGCAAGAGUAGGCACCCAGCCAAGCCAUCCGGAGUGGAUAGAGGACGAGCAGUGCCGUCGAACUUACUACGCUGUUUACAUCUUCUUUGGCCUGCUCACUUUAACGUACAAUCAUACCCCGGCUAUCAGCUUCAAUGAAUUUGAUACUCUUGAGCUGCCAUCAUCAGAAUCUCUAUGGAAUCUCGAGGCAUCUGACGAAGAUUCUUGGCGUGAAAGCCUCGCCGCAUCGACGAUUGUUACUUUCCGCGAGGCGCAUGAUACACUAUUUAAAGGUGAAUCCACUCGGUACAGUGCAUUUGCAACUCGCGUCAUGAUCAACGCGCUCUUCCUGGAGGUUUGGUAUCACAAGCGCAGCCCGGAGGCUUUGCAGGAUGUCGUCACUGAAUAUAGACUUCGCCUUGCGCUGGAUUCUUGGAAUAAGUCACUAGAGAUUUGCGAGCCUGAAACAGUGGUCGUUCAACUCAGUGCUCCCCACAAGGGUCAUCCCCUCAUCUUUAACGCGAUGGCUUUGUAUCGCAACACACGUGCUCGUCUGGUAGUCGACCUGAAAUCGGUUCAAGAAGCACUUCGCUAUCACGACUCUUAUGAGGUUGCGGCUGCAAUGACGCACGCUCGUGAUCGCGUUGUGCGUUCAGAAGAGAUGCUCAAAGUCAUCCAAGAAUGCUUCGACUGCAUCGAGGUUGCUGCUGUACAGGGCAUCCGAUGGGUUGCUCGCACUUCGGCCACCAACUGGAGCGUCGAGCACCCACUUUGCGGACUUGAUCUCAUGGUCAUUCUUACCCUUUGGCUCUAUCGCCUGGAACACGACGAGGAGCCAGCGACAGAGGAAGAACUGGCCAUGUACAACAAGCUACGAAUGUUGUUUGACGAUGAGUCAGCUGGUGUCUACGGCUCGAAGCUCAGCUCGACUGUGGCAAGACUUUGGGGCAGCAUGAUCGACGAGGUCGUUGUUUGGGGGAUCACCAAACUUAUGGGCGAAGCUUUCAAGCUCCAUUCGCAGGCCCUCGUUGGGUAUGAAGACGCUGUCUCAUCCACAUCCGACUCCCCUGCCCCGUCAAUGGCACCACAAGGUGUUCGCGUGUUGGAAAUGCAGGCAGCAUAUUAA